AUGAGUCUCCCACUGUGGAGCGAGAGCAGUGAGAGGGGCUCUCAGACAGAUCACACUGUCGAAAUAAGCGACAUCGAGGCGCAGGUAUACUGCACACCAACGCUGGUAACCCGUGAUCAGAGUCCCAGAAUAACUGACAACGUGACCCAGAGUAAUAUCUCCGAAAAGAGGUCGGAGCCAAGUUUAUCUUUGUCAAUGGGAGAAGGGAAAGCGAUCCCUCCACUAUUACCAGACGAAGAUGAAUAUAUCGUCACGUUUGACGGCCCGGACGAUCCGGAACAUCCUUUCAACUGGAGUCUCACCGUGAAACUCUACACCUCAGUUAUGGUAUGUUUUGGAACAUUCAUUUCAUCGUUUGCGAGCGCGGUGUUUGCUCCAGGAACUGCUGGCGUGGCUGAGGCGUUUGGGGUAAGUAGCGAGGUCGGGAUUCUUGGGACGACUCUAUUCGUUCUCGGGUUUGCAUCCGGCCCAAUGAUUUGGGCACCGUCUUCCGAGUUGAUAGGAAGGCGAUUGCCCCUGACCGUGGGCAUGUUCGGUGUGGCGGUGUUCAGCAUUGCCUCUGCCGUCGCGAAAGAUAUCCAGACUGUUAUCAUCUGUCGCUUCUUUGCUGGGCUAUUCGGGGCCAGUCAGCUGUCGGUGGUUCCAGCCGUACUCUCGGACCUUUUUAAUAAUAUCCACCGUGGGCCUGCUAUCACCGUUUACUCACUCGCAGUGUUUGUUGGCCCCUUCAGUGGCCCGUUCAUUGGCGGGUUCAUAUCAUCCAGCUUUCUUGGCUGGCGAUGGACACUCUAUAUUCCUGCUUUCAUGGGCUUCGCAUGUUGCAGCGUAUUUGUACUCUUCCUAAAAGAAACCUAUGCUCCGUGCCUUCUCAUCCCAAAGGCGGAAGCACUCCGGCAACAGACCUCCAACUGGGGAAUUCACGCUAAACAAGAGGUGGUAAAAGUUGACUUCCAGGAGUUGGUGGAAAAGUACUUCACGCGGCCAUUACGAAUGUUGAUCACCGAGCCGAUUAUCUUGGUUGUCUCCCUCUACAUGUCCUUUAUCUACGGACUUGUGUACGCCCUGCUGGUAGCCUAUCCCUACGUAUUCGAGUCAGUCUAUGGGAUGAAUCCUGGACUGAGCGGCCUCACCUUCUUUGGUCUUAUUAUUGGCCAAGUGCUAGCGUGCGGCUUUGUUCUCUCACAGCAGUCCAUCUAUGUGAAGAAAUUAAUCGCGAACAAAAACGUUCCCGUCCCCGAAUGGCGGUUACCACCCGCUAUUAUUGGUGCCCCAAUUUUCACGGUGGGAGUAUUCUGGUUCAGUUGGACGGGCUUUACGUCGACAAUCCAUUGGCUUGCGCCCACUGCCUCGGGCGUUCUGAUCGGGUUUGGUAUCCUGUGUAUCUUCCUUCCCUGUUUCAACUACCUGGUCGAUUCCUACCUUCCGCUCGCUGCAUCCACCGUUGCUGCGAAUAUCAUUCUCCGGUCUAGUGUCGCCGCCGGGUUUCCCCUGUUUGCCAAGCAGAUGUUCAAGAAUCUCGGGGUGCAGUGGGCGGGCACCCUGAUCGGAUGUUUGGCGGCGAUCAUGAUUCCAAUCCCGGUGGUGUUUAAGAAGUAUGGGCCGCGGCUGAGGGGCAACUGGGGGUAUGACUGUUACUACCAAAAUGAGCGUCGCAUGAAGCCAAAAGCCACCGGGAUGAUGGGAGAUCUCCCUGCCAUGCAUGGGCCGAGUCCUGAGCAUGCGGGCUCCUACACCGAGUCAUUGGAGGCGAACUCAGGAGCGGCAUUUGUGAGAAAGAUCGGUCUCAAGAUGGACCCGGCAAACGCGCCCAAGCUGAACCUCUUCGGCUGGAACGUGGGUAGACGCAAUCCACCGUCCGGUUUAGCGACUGGUACAGUCCUAGCUGUACCCAUUGUCGAUAUUCUCUCGCUGAACCAUAUGAAGACCCUGGCGAAUAUCUACUUUGCCAAGGUAGAUCCGUGCUAUGGCUUCAUCGAUUCAGCAAUCUUCUUUCGCCGCUUGGAGGCCCGCUGGCAGUCGUCUGCAGAGGGCGAUUCGUUUGACGGCGUGCUCGCGGGGAUUGGCGCUCUGGGGGCACUCUUCUCUGAGAUCACUAUCAACAUUACCGAAGCCCAUCUGGUGGAACUGACUCGCUCCAUAACGGAUACCCACAUUGGGUCUGCAGCCCCAUCCAUAGAACUGGUGACUGCGUGGGCACUCCGGGUGAUCUACAUGCGCAUGACAGCCCCACCAUAUCCGACCUGGAUUGCAAGCUCCACCUUGAUGCAUCUUAUCGAAGCCUCGAAACUUCACCAGAGCUCCUCGUGCGACUCCCUUGAUCUCGAUACUCGGCAACGGCUGAUUGGAGUCGCCCAACAUUUGAAUCUCUGGAUCUCGUACGACCUGGGUCUCUCUCGGGUUUCCUUCCCCCACGAGCCGGUAGCACUGCCCUCGCCAAGGCCAGGCGAUGCCACGGUAGAAUUGCUCGGUCUCUUGCCCCUUUCCACCAGCCUGGGCCCGGAGAAUCGACGACAGGACGAAGAGAUCGAGGAGUUCUUGCUGCAGACAUUAAGCCGUAACCACACGCAGCCACCAUCGAUUCUCGCUCAAUGUAACCUGGUCCUCUGUCUUCUCCGGCGCUUACAUAUGAGAAACCUCAUGACCUCUCCAGCUACGAUGGAGCGGGUUGUGGAACAACUGAAGCGAAGCCUCGGUGCCGCCCGUCGCAUGGCUUCGGAUUGCUCUCCAUGGCAACAUGUGGCCAAUGUGCCGUUUCAGAUGAUCAGCAUCCUCCUGGAGAUGGACACAAGUGCUGCAUUAGAGCUUUUGCCGGAAGCGAUGCAAACCUUGAAACUAGUUUCUACCACCUACGAUACCGAAGCCAUGAGGGAGGCGUACGGUACUGCCCGUCUCCUCAUUCUCCUCUACCAGCGCCGGCGGCGUUCGGAUACCAAGUUGCUCAGCGGGCUAUUGGAAGAUCAUCACGAGCCGACUACCACCGAGUCACCGGUUCAGCCCAUGCUCCCCACAUCUGACGAAGUAUCCUGGCUGGAAGGAUUGGUCGCGGACGUACCGAGUUUACACGGCCUCGACUUUAGUCAAUUUUUACAGCUCUCGCCGAACACCCCGGGAAUGUGGGGUCGAUAG